UUGGUCAAACACUUCAACCACAGCACACUAGCAACAAAAGCGCUAGAAGUAAAACAAAAACAAAUGCAGCUACCAGCUAAUCGGCUCAUUCAGUCCUGUAAAACCAGGUGGAACUCUGUACAUGAAAUGUUUGCCAGACUCGUAGAACAGCGAUGGGCCGUGUGUGCUGUACUAUCAGAUCGCUCAGAGACCAAGCUUGCAGAUGCGAGGACGCUUGAGUUGAGAGACGACUUCUGGCAGCUCAUGGAGGACAUGGCGCCAGCACUGGAGGCUCUCAAAUGUGCAACUACUGUCAUGUCUGCAGAUACUGAAGUAUCCAUAUCCAACACGUACCCCAUCACAUUCAGUCUGAUCAAUACGCAUCUUAAGACAGCAGAUGGAGACAGCAGCAGAGUGGUGGAAUUCAAAUCUAAAGUUCGCACUUCAUUGGGUGAACGGAUGAAGGUUGAGUCUGGAGACCUCACAUCAACUACACCAAUGAUAGCAACGAUGCUGGACCCUCGGCAUAAGCACCUGGGAUUUCUGAUCCCAUCAAGCAGGAUCUCAGCUCAUUCCAAACUGCUUGAACUGGCUAUGGCAACAUGUGGGCUCCACAUCAACAAAUGAAGCCACCACUGGAGAUUAUGUGCCAAUCCAGGGAGCUGCACUUCAGAGACACACUUCUGCUAUGACUCUUCUACUGGGUGAAAACUAUACCACCAGCAGCAACAACGAUGACAUAGAAAAGGAAGUGGACAAGUUUCUGAAGGAUCCCUCACCACCCCUUGAUUCCAGUCCCACAGAAUGGUGGAAAGUCAAUGAAGGAAGAUUUCCGAAGCUGGCAAAUAUGGCACGACGAUAUCUGUGCAUGCCAGGCACGUCUGUCCCAUCUGAACGUGUGUUCUCAGCAGCUGGCCUCACUGUAAACAGGCUGCGCACACGACUUACUCCUGACCAUGUUAAUAUGUUAAUUUUCUUGAACAAAAAUAUAAAGGUCUAGGUCAGGAGCCUAUUCAAAACAUAUUGAGACAGUAAUGUUUUUGUUUCAGGAGAGGUAGCCUAUAUCUUCAUUUGACUGUUCUAAGGGACGCCCUCUAAUUUUAAUGUCUCCUUACUCAGAGAUGAUUUAAGUUGUGUUCAGUUCUAUAUUUGAAGUUUCAAGGUCUAGUAAUCUUACUGUUACCUUUCUCAGACCAAGGGGGAUUAUAUGGUAUUAAUUGCUGCUGUGUAUGUUUCAAGUAAAGAUUUUUAUUUAAAAUUUAUUUUAUGUUGCUUAAUGUUUCACAUGCAACAGGUGAGCCAUGCACAAUUAUUUAUUUUUUGUAUUUUAAUUUUCUGUGCAUAAUUUAUUUUGUUGAAAUACAUAAAUGCCAUUAUCUGUACCAAGUCCCAACUGUUACAAUAAAACAUCACUUGAGCAAUAUAACAUGCUUUUUUCUUCAGUAUAUAAGCAAUAUUUUGCUUUUUAUGUUAAAGACACUAUUGAUACAGUGAGAAAUUAACAUUCUCAGGAAAAUAGCCGC